AUGCCUCGUCGACCAAGACCAGAAAAUCGCAGACCUCCUAAAUCCGUUCUAGAAAAUGCGGCGGCGUUGAAAAGGAAUGCGAAGGGUCAAGCGGCAAAGGCACCAUCUGCGCCUGUUGUCCAGCAAAGUUUGAAGCGGAAGCGAGACGACGAGGAAAAGGAAGAGGAAGAGAGUGAUGGAGGCUUCUUUGAGGAUGCAAGCGAUGAAAAACCACGCGGAAUGUUACGGGGGAAUGCUGUGGAUGAGGGAGAUGAUGACGACGACGAAAGUGACGACGACGACGAGGACAUCGGUUUCGACGGAAUUGAUGAAGAUGACCUCAGUGAGGACGACGAAGAAGAUGCGGGUUUGGCGAUGUAUGAAGACGACGACAUGCGCGAUGUAGGCUCAGCUGAUUCCGCAGACGAAGGAGACGACGCUGGACAGCUAAAAAAGCUACGGUCAAACCUGUCCUCUCUCCCCCUUGGACUCCUCGCCAAAGCCCAGAACUCCCUGCACCAAGCCGAAUCAGGUUCAGACGCUGAAGAUCACUCGGACGAUGAUUCAGACUCAGCGCCAUCUGAGCACGGCCCUGGCGGCAAGCCUGUUGUCAAGACAGGUGAAAAGAAAGUGCGAAAGGAGAUCCAGCACCGCUCGACCAAGCAUGCGCCAACCGAGGCAACCUCUAAACGCCCCGUCCCCCGCCUUCGCAGCAGCCUCCCAUCCCUCGCACCCCAGCCCCGCGACCCUCGGUUUACCACUCUCUCAGGUACGCUCUCCCUCCCCCACGUACGGCAGAACUACGCCUUCCUCUCCGACGUCCAAUCACAAGAAGUUGGCCAGCUGCGCGAGGCGGUCAAGCUCGCUAAGCGCAGACUGCCUAGUACGCCUGAGGAGAAGAGGGACGAGGCUGAGGCUGAGCUUGCCAGGCUCGCGGGGGCGUUGAAGCGCGCUGAGUCGGUGCGGGAAAGCAACACUCGCCAGGCGCAUGAGGCUUCUGUCCUACGAAAACUGAAGAAGGAGGAGAUGACCAAGCGCGCACAGGGGAAGGGGGAAUGGCACAUGAAACGGUCUGAGAAGAAAAAGGUGUUGCUUGAAGCGAAGUUUGAGCGGUUGAAGGAGGAAGGUGGGCAGAGGGCUGUGGGGAAGGCCUUGAGGAAGAGGGAGAAGAGGGAGGGAGAGAAGGAGAAGAAGAGUAGGCCGUUCGUGAGGGGUGAAGCGGGGGAAGGCAGGUCGGAGGGACGCGAGGAAGAGGUGCGUUUGGAUAUUCUGGGAGAGGCGGGUUUGGUGGUCCUGGUAGAGGUGGAUUUGGGAGUUCAGGGAGAGGCGGAUUUGGAGGAGCUGGGAGGGGAAGGGGAGGCGGAGGUAUGA